AUGAAGUUCGCUGUACGGUCGGACGAUAAUGUCUCAACCAGGCCUGAAAACGCCUUCGACAGGCCAUAUGAUCCGAGAUAUGGUGUGGAAGUUUCGAUAACAGCGGGCAAGCCGAAGAAGUCAACACUGGUCGAAAUGGCAGCGAAAUUCGGACGACAAGCACUCGGAAGUCGUUCUGCGUCUGCUGGCACUCAAGACAAUUCGAGACGACCAUCCCUACCAAGCCAUUAUACCGCAGUGAAGAAUACUUCGGGCCUAUAUCGCGAUGAUUCGAGGCUCAGUGCCAGUAUCAGCAUGAGUUCACUAGUCUCAGCUCGUAUCAAGACACGGAGCGUGCGUGAUUCAGUCGGAUCAAGCAUCUACGAUGAUUCUGAAACGACAAAUCCAACACCGCCUCUAAACAUCAUCAAAAAGGUCCCUGUGCCGCAGCUGCCACCUUUCUACCCGACGACCGACACCUCAUCCCUGGGCCUUACACCAAGCACAUAUCAUCAACAUAAUCUGGAAGAACAAGACGAAUCAGCAAGGAACUCGACUGACAGCGACGACUCUACGAGAACCGUCAAGCAGUCGAAAAUUGAUCCUUCUAGGAGUCAUCUCAGUUGGACGACUUAUGCGGAGACAGAGCGCAGUGUUUCGCCGAGCACAUCAUACUUGGAAAGUAGAAGCAUCGUGAGGGAACCAGACAGCCGCUUUAGUUGGACGACAACAAACACAGACGCGACAUAUCAGCAGGACACACCAUACAGUCCAGCACCCACAUAUCCUACCUCGAUCAUGUCACGACGACGCCCUGUGCCGGGAAGAGAACCAGCGCAACCGAAAAGACACGAUAGCAUGGGUGAUGUACAGGACCUGCAACAAGCAACAUGCGACAAAGCCCUNCCCCAACCACCAAAGACGAGACAGGCGGUGGAUCAUAUUGACGAGCUGGAGUCGCGUGUCGAAUCACUAGAAGUGCAGAAGACGAACAUGCAGAGAUUGUUCAAGGAACUAGAGAGAGUGGACUCGGCUAGCCCGAUUGAAGUGUCGGAAAGAAUGCGACGUGAGAACCGCAAGAAGAUGGACGAAGUCAAGAUCAGACAGGACGAAGUGCAGAGGGAACUGUUCGAGGUUGGAAGAUUGCUGAGCAGAGCCAGGGCAAAGGCCGAAGAGGCAGACGGAAGCACAGGAUUGUGGCUCCGCCGUGUUACAGACUGA